UAAGGAACUAGGUCAACGCUGAUAACAUCGUAACUGAGACAUCCCCUUUUGGUUAAAUACGACGGUAUGUGGGACUGUGUUAACAAUUCAUUUAAAUUGUAUUUUUUGAAAUAAAUUAUCAAUAGAAUCUAUGAUUGAUAGUAGGUUGAUAAUAGUGAGAUGGCGGCUAUCGAUCCAGUUGUUUAUUUAUUAAAUUACAAGUGUUGCGCUUCCCACAACGCUGCCAGUCCGUAUUCGCGCUCGCGACGUUUCGCACAACCACCGCGCGACGGAAAAUAAAUACAAAAAUAAACGUAGUAAAUACAUCGCACAAAAUUGAGGAGUUUCAAAGUUAACUCACUACAACGGUAUCUUGUGGCGUUUUUUAUUCUUAUAAUAAUGUUAUGACAUUUUAAUUAAAUUUGACAUUAAAAAAGUGAUUUGAAAAUGGAGAAGACGCUAGCGAAACUGACCGGUUUGAAGCAUAAAGGAAGUGGUAAAGAGAAGUAUGCGUUCAGGACUGUACAUGUGAAUCUGCCUCCUCCAUCUGCUGUGGACAUCGAGUUCACCAACAUCACCCUGAAAGUAAAAGAAGGAUUCAAAAGAAAAAAUAAACUAAUACUGAAAGGAGUGUCGGGGUUAUUCAGAUCUGGGGAGCUGACAGCCAUCAUGGGACCCUCGGGCGCUGGCAAGUCGUCACUAGUCAACGCUCUCACUUUGUUUUCAACAAGUGGUGUGUCUGGAAGGAUUCGUGGUGGGGGCAACGUGUGCGAGCUGGGUGAGAAAAGGCAAUCGACCCGAGCGCUGAGGUCCUACAAAAAGAAGUCCUGCUACAUCCUGCAGGACGACAGACUGAACCCACUGUUCACCGUCGCAGAGCUCAUGAAAUUCGCAGCCGAUAUGAAGCUGGGGAACGCCUUCACCGAUGAACUGAAAAUGACUGUGAUAAAUGAAGUAUUGGAAACGCUCGGGCUUACGGGCACCGAAGAGACGCGCUGUGGAAAUCUGUCUGGUGGGCAGAAAAAGCGCUUAUCCAUAGCUGUAGAACUGAUCGACAACCCUCCUGUAGUAUUUCUAGACGAACCAACGACUGGUUUGGACAGCCUGGCGUCUGCGCAAUGUAUCGAAUUGCUGAAGCGCCUGGCACGGAGUGGUCGCACCAUCGUGUGCACUAUCCAUCAGCCUACCGCCACUAUUUACUCCUUGUUCGACCAAGUUUAUAUGUUGGCUGAUGGUAUGUGUAUUUACCACGGACCCAGCUCUAACACGGUGCCUUACCUCGCCUCAAUGGGAUUUCAAUGCCCGAUGUAUCACAACCCCGCCGACUAUAUUUUAGAAAUUGCAAAUGGAGAAUAUGGGAAAUUCAAUGAGGUGUUAGCGGAGAAAUGUGUUAGACACGAGAGCAGUGAAAAGCCCGCCAUCACGAUGCCCUCGGAAGAUGUCCUGUCGCUGGGAAAACUGUCCGUCAUUGUGAAGCCACCUCAUGAAUUCUACAAGUUCUCUGUCCUCUUUAGAAGAUGCGUCAUACAACAAUAUAGGGAUUGGACAGUGACACAUCUAAAGGUGUUACUCCAUAUAGUGAUAGGAGUAAUUCUGGGGUUGUUGUUCGAGCAAGCUGGGAGCGAUGGCUCCAAGUCUGUCAGCAAUCUGGGCUACUUCCUCGUCUCCAUCGUCUAUCUUUGCUACACUUCCCUCAUGCCUGCUGUAUUAAGAUUUCCUACGGAGCUACCAGUCCUGAAGAAAGAAAAUUUUAACAACUGGUACAACUUAAGAACUUACUAUGCAGCUGUUCUAGUGACGGGGAUACCCAUUCAGAUAUGGUAUAGCUUCGUGUACGCAGCGCCUUCUUACUUCCUGAGCGGGCAGCCGCACGAAUUCUCGCGGUUCGUGAUGUUCGUGCUCGUGCUCGCCUCGAUCACGCUGCUCGCGGACGCUAUCGGCAACGUCAUCGGGACCUGCGUCAAUCCUAUUAACGGAACCUUCCUGGGCGCCAUCACGACCUGUUCGAUGCUGGCAUUCGCUGGGUUCCUGGUGCUGCACUCGCACAUGACCGCCACCAUGCAGCUGGUGUCGUAUGUGUCCUUCAUGAAGUACGCCUUCGAAGCCCUAGUGCUCUCCAUGUACUCGUAUGGCCGCAAGCCGCUGCCCUGCCCGGAGACUAAAGACUAUUGCCAUAUAAGGUUAAAAAUAGUUAUAAUUACUAUUAUAUUUGGAGUAGGUAACCUCUCACAAACUGGUUACUAUGAGAUCCUUGGUGUUUCAAAACAAGCGACGACUCAGGAAAUUAGACAAGCUUAUAAGAAACUAGCUAUUAAGUUUCACCCAGAUAAGAAUUCUGAUGUAGAAGAUCAAAAAAAAUUUAUAGAAAUCACUGAAGCUUAUGACACUUUGAAAGAUGCAGAAAAAAGACGAAAGUAUGACUUGUAUGGAUCGUUUCCGUCAUAUACAAGAAAGUAUGACUAUAGGUCACAGACAGAAUAUAACAACUUGUUCUACAAUGGGCUCUACCAUGAAGAUCCAAAUGUUGAAACUCUAUCGGGCCGCAGUUUUUAUAAUUACCUGAGUGAUGGAUUUCAUUUCAUCAACUUCUAUUCUCCAUUUUGUCCACCUUGUCAAAACUUGGUAGACCAUUGGAAGAAACUGGCCGAACUUUACAAAGGCAUUGUUAAAAUUGGUGCUGUAAACUGCAAAUAUCACAAUUCAUUUUGCUAUAAUUCCAUGAGGAUUGGUAGUUAUCCUUCUUUACUAUUUUACCCCAAUGGUAAAAGUGGCAAUUUCCUGUACUACCGCGGCGAACGUACAUUGGAGGCUCUAGACAAGUUUCUAAUGUCGUACAUCAGUAAUCACAUACACGUCCCAGUGGUCACACAAAUAAAGAACAGUGCCGCAUCCAUCGCCUAUGUACUCGGCUCGAAAAGGAUAGACAACAAUGCACUUACAAGGAUUGCUUACGUUUUGAAAGGUCUAGUCACAUUAGUUAUAGUAGAAGAUGAGGAUUUACGUGAAAAUCUGUCAAAAGAUGAAUAUACAACUGUGGUGUUCGUUUCCGGACAGAAAGGAAAUAAAAUAGAGAUUAAGAGCACAGAGGAAAAGGAGGUGCUACAGGAUAUAGUUAAUGCCUUACCAAAGUCAGAACAAGUGGGGCCUGAGAAACUCAAGGAAAUACGAAACCAACUACGGAGCGGUUACAAAAAACCAUGGGUGCUGUACUUUACGUCGAAAGAUCAUGACCGACUUCUGUUCUAUCAAAUGAGACAAAAAUACCCUGAUAUGCAUUUUGGGGAGGUAGACUGCGAGCGCUGGCAGCCGCUGUGCGCGUCGCUGCAGGCGGGCGCGUGGGGCGCGCUGAAGGCGGGCGGCGCGUACCAGCGCGCUGAGGGCUCCGUCGCCGACUUCCUGCCACACGCCGUCCGCGCCACCAAUCUACACACACUAUCUGCGUCAGACCUCUAUAGGAUAUUAACUGGAGAAUAUGUCGGCACUUGGGUGUUAGUGGUGGUACCGCAUCAGCUUCCUUGGACUCACGUAGCACACACCUUCACUCGCGUCAGCCUGCAAUUCCUCGAUUCCAAAGACAUUAAUUUCGGAAUGAUGUCGUGCACACCAGCUACAGAAAACGUUUGCCGGGAAGUGGCUACGAACGACAUCGUUAUAUUGAUGCAGACAGGAAAGAGACGGCACGAGUAUAGCGGACAAAUAGAUGACGACGCACUCGUGGAGUUCAUUCAAAUUGUUCUUCACAGUGAAGUUAUAGAGUUGGACACAAAUUCAGUUCUGGAGGUGUUGGACCCGGCCAGCAGGCAGCACAGCUGGCUGGUGGCGUUCCUGCCUCCGCACUGCCGACAGUGCUCCGCCCUAAAGCACCAGUACACGAGGGUGGGGCACAAGCUUCGACCGUUGGAGUUUGUUCGCGUGGGAGUGCUUGAAUGCAAGGAUGCAGUCACAGGAAUAUGUUCAAAUAUACGAACUCCCACAGCGAGGUUGUAUCCCUUAGCAUCAGGCCAGCACUAUACAAUCAGUCUGCAGCAGCUAUCCGAAGCGCCUUAUAUUUGGGAAUGGGCCUUAGGGCUUAUAGACGAAUCGGUUCAAAAGUUGUCGUGGCAAACCUUCACCAAACGCGUUAUCUCCGAAGAUCUCAAUAUUAACAGCCAUAAGAAACCUUGGCUGGUGUACUUUCACUCUCCGCGUUGUUAUAGAUGUUACGAAAUGUACGCGGACUUCGCAAUGGCCGGAAUUUUCCUGAAUAACGCAGUGGAACUAGGCAGAGUGAAUUGCGUAUCGGAGCGCAGUUUGUGCCAACACGAGCAAAUCUCUAGUUACCCAACCCUACGUCUUUACACUCCUCGUCAGCGGCGCGCCUUCAGCAGUGUCGUCAAUAUCAAACUCGACGAUUACAACCGAAUCUUGAAGCAAAUUAAAGCGCAUCUUGCAAACGAUGAUGACGUCGCUGGCUUAGAUAUUGGCGUCAGAAGUCAAGGCUUUCACGUGAAACAUGAUGAAUUCUAAGGCCAAUGUAAUGUUUAGAGACAGCUACUUUGGUCAGUCGCUGUCUGUAGACUUCUGACCGCCCACAGUUUAAUAAUAUUCAUACAGUUGUUCGAUGGCAUUGCUAAAUGCGAAACAGUCGCCAGCGUUGACAAUGCAUGUAGUGUUGUCACAAAAUAUCAAAGACGUGAUAAUGUAUCUGUGUUAAUUAAUUUUAUUUGAAAGCCAUAUAUUUAAGAACUUUAUAUUGGUGUUGGGAGCGGCCGUGCAUUUAUUUAUUUAGUAACAUUUAACUUUAGAGAUGUAUAAUGAAAUUUGUAAAAUAGGUUAACCGCGCGGAACCAUAAGUCCAAUUCUCAAUCCACUGAAAAAAUGUGUUAUACACGUUCAUAAUAUAAUUAUACAUGUUGCUGAUGUAGCUAUUAUUAUUAAUAAUUUGCUGGCAUUAUGAAUGAGGAAAUAAAACAAAAACGAUUGAGUUGACAAAUGACGAACAAAUUUUAUCAGAGAGAAUCUCAUGAAUUACAUGCUCGAGGCUAAAGAUUAAAUUAUUGCAAUGCUUGAUUUAGAUGAUAAUUUGUAUACUCCUAAGAAAAUUAUUUUUGACAAGGAAAAUAAAAUGUUAUUUAUGGCAAGGAAAAUAAAAUGCUGCGUACGCGCACGCGCGGGAUUUUUUUCUGUCACUGCAGAAAUCUGCAGGUAUUUCUAUCACACGGAAUAUUUGCGAAUGAGACAGAGCGGUGUGUAUAGCGCGUCUCUAUUUAUUUAAUUAACGGAGUUCCUAGCGUGCGGGGGUAUAAAAUCUCGAAAGACUUGUGCGAGAAGAAUCUUUAAAUAAUUUUUAUUUUCUUUUUAGUGUAUUUUAAAUAAUAAAGUUAUUAAAGACAUUAAUUAAAUAAUUAUCAUAUUAAUUUCAUUAACAUAAGGUCUAUUGUGAUAAUUAUUGUUAUAUAUCUAUGUAUUUAUUGACGUAUAUAGACAGUGUAGGUACUAAAAAUAUAUAAUAACAGAAAUUGUAAUAAUAUAAUCAAAAAAGCUUAAUAGAACCCAAAACUUAGCCUUCCACUAAUAAAGUGCCUUAUUUAUACGUCUGAUACAAUAUUACUCAUUAAUGAGUCAUUUUAAUCCAUGGAAUCAAUAGGUACUAGUUGUACGGAGUACCUACUAAUUCCAUGUUUUAAUCAUAUGGAUGGUGGUCAACAUACGAUCAAUGCAUGAUGCAAUUAUAGUCGGUAUUAUUAUUAAUAUAAUCGGCAACUUCCUCCGAUUUGAAAAAAAUCUGAAUCAUGGAUUAAAGUGGGCAUAAAAUUAGAAAAAGAUCCAUCAAUGUAUCUUCAAGAUGAAUUUUAGUGGACGUAAGGUUUUUUAAUUAUUGAGAUGCUAGAAUUCGAAAUGCCGUACCUAAUGAAAAAGGAUCACCUUAGUCUGUGCCUAUCCACGACAAAGACGUGUAAUGAAUGGAAAUUAGAUUUCUGUAAAAUAGUAAUAUUAUUUAUGUACAUUGUUCUUGAGUAAACCUAGCGUUUGUUACCUGUGACACGAUUCACACAUUAAAUAAAUAUUGAAAAGAA